AUAAACUGAUAGAAAACUUUCGAGCCUCUCUUCUUUAACUUUUACUACUCUCUACGUUUUUCUCUUCCUUUAUUUUGUGGUGCAGCCUCCAACUGAAAGUCCUCUAUAAUAUAUAUUCUCAAUUAUUAUAGCUCUUCGAGAGAAGUCUUAUCUCAAGCCAAUCUCUCAUUUCCCACUAUGAGGCAUGAGGAGAAUUACUUAGACCUCAACAAUCUGCCAGAUGAUAUUUCUAGAGAUGCCAAUAAGCAAGCCCUCGAGGAAGGCUCUUCCUCUGGUCAAAGAAAGAAGAAAGGAAGUAAAGAAGGGAAAGAUGAGAGCGGGAAGGUUUACGAAUGUCGAUUUUGUUCACUCAAGUUCUGCAAAUCCCAAGCUCUUGGUGGCCAUAUGAAUCGCCACCGACAAGAGAGGGAGACCGAGACAUUGAAUCAAGCUCGUCAAUUGGUCUACCGUAACGACACCUUAACCCCACCUGGAAUUACGCCAUUUGGUUAUCAUCAUACCACGGAUCCAACAAUGUACCGGUCGGUUUACUCAUCACCAAUGCUAUAUACCGGAAACCCCUCGGCAAACUUGGUUCCCCAACCGCUUCAACCGCCAUAUCCAUACACUUCAAACCAAUACUCUCCUCACAGUCACAUCAACGAUUACUACUUAAGCCAAUCUUUUCGAGGCAGUAGAAGCAUCUCUCCAAACCCUAAUCUCCCCACCACCACAACCGUUAAUUACAUGGCCGAUGGUCCCGUGGAGUCGAGCUACACUUGCGUUGGUGCACCCAUUGAUCAGACAGGUUUUCCUAGCCGUGGCUCUGCCAGCAGCAUCCGUGCGGCUCCGCCGCUCGAACCGCCACAUGGUCGUCGUGAUGGCGACGGUUCAAGGCAGCCUUUGGAUCACUCUCUUCGAGUACCCAUUAACCGGUUUCAAGAUCACCACUCGCUCUGAGUUUUAAUAUAUUU